AGGUUUGUGUAAGCUUGUAUGGUGCUGCUGCAGAUAUGAAUAUUAGACUGGACAAGAAUUCCUUGAUCAUUGAGAAGACUUAUAUAUCUCUGUCUAAUCAGAGAAAUAUAAUUAUUCACAACCGAAGUAAUAUCAUUGCACAUUUCCAAUGGAAAGUACAUGCUACUCAAGAAGAGGAGGAUAAAGAAAAAGCAAGGCUCUGUGACAACCUGACCAAGGAGGAGGAGAAGAAGACGGAAGAGCUCCUGCAGGAGUGCAUCCUGGACCCGUCCCUCCGGGAGCACCUCUCGGUCAUCUCCCACGCCUUCCAGAACCAGAGGCGGAUUGUGCAGAGCAAUGACAUGCUUUUCUUCGGCAACAUCUUUGUCAUUGAGCCGGUGGAAGGAGAUGUUUGGCCUAAUUCAACAACUCAAAUCAGUAUGAUCUUUUAUCCUCGAGAAGCCAAGCUCUAUCAGCAAACAAUUUACUGUGACAUUUCAGGUAGGGAAUGCCGGCUGCCCCUUCGAAUCAAAGGGGAAGGAAUGGGACCCAAGACUAUCUUCAACUUUGAUGUGUUAGAUAUUGGUAAAGCUUUUGUUGGAUCAAUACAUAGCUAUGAGGCCAUUCUGUCCAACAAAGGCAGCAUUGAUGCUCUCUUUAAUUUGGAACCUCCGACAACACCUUUGGGAUCCUGUUUCAUCUUUAACCCCAAGGAAGGUAUCGUGGAGCCUUCUGGCCUACAAACCAUACAGAUUUCCUUCAGUUCGAACAUCCUGGGGCACUUCCAGGAGGAGUUCCUAUUCAAUAUCCAUGGAUCCCCCGAACCUGUGAAACUGACCAUCAGAGGCUGUGUCAUUGGGCCGACUUUCCAUUUUAAUGUUCCAUCCUUAGAUUUUGGUGAUGUCUCUUUCGGGUUUCCUCGUACUUUGACCUGUUCUCUCAAUAACACGUCCUUGAUUCCCAUGACCUUUAAACUCCGUGUCCCUGGUGAUGGCGUCGGAGAACCAAGUGUGACGUGUUUGGAUCAGACUUUGGACAUCAAAAAAUCAUCAUGGAAGAAUGAAAGUUCACCGGCAAUAAAACCACGAGAAUUCACCAUUGAGCCCAUUUCAGGCACCAUCCGCUCCCAGGGAUUCGCUCCUGUUCGGGUCACCUUAUGCUCCAACACGGUGCAGAAGUACCAGCUGGCUCUCGUGGUGGAUGUAGAGGGCAUUGGUGAGGAAGUACUGGCACUCCUCAUCACAGCAAGGUGUGUUGUGCCCAAGCUCCGUGUGGUUAAUCCGGACCUGGAUUAUGGGUACUGUUUCCUGAAGUAUCCUUACAAGAGAAAGGUGCAACUUGUGAAUGAUGAUGACCUCCCAGGAUGCUAUGGAGUUCUCUUACAAGAAUAUGAGGAGCCACCUACUGUCCUUUUUUCUAGCCCAAGCCCUUGUGGGAUUAUCAAUCCCCAGAGUACAGUGGAGUUAAUGGUGGUCCUGGAGACUCAGAUCCUUGGAGAAUACGAGUGCACCGUGUACAUCUCCGUCUUUGGGAGCCACGACCCGCCACUGCCUAUCCACUUAAGGAGCAUUGGGGAAGGCCCUGUGGUCCAUGUGUUUCCUGAAAAACUCGACUUUGGCAACAUCUAUGUCCUAAAGGAUUCGACCAAGAUUCUCCAUCUCUCUAAUCAGUCCUUCAUCACUGCCUGCUUUUCUGCACAUUUGGCGAGCAGAAAGUCCCUGUGGAAGAUUUCGCCCGACGAAGGCAUCGUUCCUCCGGAAAGUGAAGUUCUCCUGACGGUGACGGCCAACCUGGACGACAUGCUGCCCUUCAAAGACAUGAUUGUUCUGUCCAUUCAGAACAGCAGCAGCUACCAGAUCCCCGUCAAGGCCGUGGGGAAGGGAACCACAAUCGUCUCCGACAAGCCUUUCGCCCCAGAGCUCAACUUGGGAGCCCACUUCAGUGUGGACCCCUACUUCUACCAUCUGAAACUGACCAACAAGGGACGCCGAUUCCACCAGCUGUUCUGGAUGAAUGAAGGCUUCCACCACAACAACAAACAAAAACGGUCGACCCACGCGAGUCCCCUGACUCUGAACAAUUCGCACGGCGCGAACCCACAUAAUCCCGUGUUUCAGAUUCACCCGGUCAGAAUGGAGCUAGCCCCUGGCCAAACAUCUGAGCUGGUGUUGGAAGGAUUUUCUGACGUUCCUAAGUUUGUCAAAGAAAGACUGGUGUGCUAUGCCAUCAUAGGAGGAAACAUAAGGAAGACACAGCUCAUGACGGUCAGUGUCAUCUGCGAGUUCAUUGGGCCCCUUGUCGUAUUCUCAACCAAGAAGCUCAUAUACAACCUGCAAAAGCAACCUCACACUGAAUUGGAGCCGCAAUUCAAGCUUCUCACUAUGAAGAACGUCUCCUCUCUGCCGGUCCGGGCGAUACUGACCACCAAAGAGCCCUUUUACCUGUGCGACCUGAGCCACUCCCUCCUGCCCCAGCCCUAUGGGCCCAUGGAAAUGGAAGUUGGGACAGAGAAGAAAUUGAUGAUCAAGUUUGAUCCUUGCAUCCGAAGUGAUUUGAACCAGUGGGUAGCAGAAGAAGUCCUGUCCAUCAAGUAUUUAGAGCACCCGCAAGUGGAUUAUGUGAAUCUCCGAGGAGAAGUACAUUUCCCCAACCUCACCUUUGAGACCAUGGAAGUGGAUUUCGGCUGCAUCCUGAACGACACGGAGGAGAUUCGAUACAUCCAAAUGGUCAACUGCAGCCCUCUGGUGGUGAAAUUUCGAUGGUCCUUCCUGGUGGAUGACAAUGAAAACCAGAUAAGGUUUGUAACAGGGCAACGUAAGCCAUAUAGUGCCCCAAUUCGUGUUUGGUCCCAGUUAUUGGAACCCCAACAAGAAUUACUUCCAGUGACCCCAGGACCAGCAACUUCACCAAUAACUCCAGCACCACCAAAUCUAGCAAUUGAAGUAGAUGAAUUUGUUGAGCAUGUCAUUCUGAAUGAGAAUCAUAUAAAUGAGGAAGGAGAAAAGAAGCUUCUAGUGCCAUCAGAUGUAGGCACUGCAGUCAAUACAGAACCAUUGAAAUCGAGUAUUGAAGAUGUAGAAAGAACAUUAACCCAGAGCCAGGUGGAAUUCCAGGACUCCCUAUGGAUCUUUGAACAGGAUGAUUCAUUUACCAUCGGUGUGGAAGAAGUGUUUGACAUCUUACCCCUCUAUGGAAUGAUGCCACCCCUUAGCAGCCACCAGGUGUCCUUCGCGUUUUAUGGGCACUGUGACAUCAUUGCUCAGGUGAAAGCCCUCUGUGAGGUGGAGGGAGGACCCACCUAUGAGAUCACACUCAAAGGAGAAGCUUCGUUGGUCAGCUACAAAUUUGACACAAAGGAAAUUAACUAUGGACUCCAGAUGUUUGAUCAUGUCAUGGAAAAUGACCUCACCCUGAAGAAUAUUGGCAAAGUUGGUUUUGAGUUCAAAGUUCUGGAGGGGAGCCAGAAUUCUUUUGAUAGCCCUCAGCCUGGAAUGCCCCUGAUCCUGCCCCGCUCUGGUUUCAUUCAUUCGAAUAAAGAACAGGUGUUAAAGGUUUACUACCUACCCGGAGUGCCUGAGGUCUUUGAGAGGAGUUUUCAGAUCCAGAUUGCCCACCUGGAACCAGAAACCCUCACUCUGAGGGGAGAAGGGAUCUUUCCCCGAAUCUCUCUGGAUCUCCCUAGGAACAUCAAAGGUACCCAACAUGUUGAGCAAGGGAUUUUCCAAGUACAGAGAAUGGUAUUUUCUGGUGACUCUAAGUGAGGAUGCAUAGUCCAUUGAUGUGGUAAAGUGACUACACACGAGACCACAAGAGGAACAAAGAGUGGGACAGUUAUCCAUUAAAUUCAACAAUGAAUGCUCAAAUGUCCUCAAGGGAAGCCCCCCAAGAGAAGACUUGCCAGGCAGUUUGGGUCCCAGCUCCCCACGGGGAUUUUCUACCAUUGCAUCUACAUCAGCCCCUCCCCCCAA